AUGCCCAUCAAGAAGCCAAAGCAGGGCGCAGAUUCGCCAAGACUUGUCGAGCCCUGCCCACCGCCUCCGGGGGCCGGCCCGGUCGGAAGGGAAAGCUCCCACUACAAAGCAGGGGAGAGCAUACACACAGAGGAAAGGAAAGCCCCCACUAAUGAAGAGAGGAGGGUGUUCAGGAAGGGUGACGACAUUCCUAUGGGUGGCUCCCUACAUACAAAAUCUGAUACGACGUUCCUCAAGAUACGAGGACCUACCCAUUAG